CCACGUGGCGCUAGCGGCCCUAUAUAAGGUGCGACGAGGACUUCACUCUCUGCGCCAACCGCUCCCGUGUCCCGACCUCUCGUCGGCGGUGAAGAUGUCUCCGUUGUUCCUCGUGCUGCUCAUCACGUUCACGUCCGCGACGGCACAAGCCCUCGCCGGCGGUGCGAGAUCAGGUCAUGGCCGCCUGCUGAAAUCCAGGACGUACCUGUCCCCGCCCAUCUCCCUGCGCCCCGGCUCCGUCUCCAACAAGUGGUACUCGGACGUGGCGUUCCCCCGCGGCCACCUCGCACUCAAGAGCUUCAACGGCGAGGUCGUCGACGCGCGCGGCGCCCCCGUGCCGCUCCACGAGACCUACCUCCACCACUGGCUCGUGGCGCCCUACUACGCCGCGACGACUAGCGGCGGCGGGGAAGAGCGACGCCGCCAGCGGCCCAACGCCGGCGUGUGCGGGGGCCUGCUGGGGCAGUACUUUGGGCUCGGCGCCGAGACCCGGCGCACGGCGACGUGGGUGCCCGACCCCUACGGCGUCGAGAUCGGCAACCCGGAGGCGCCGCCGGAGGGGUACGAGGAGCGGUGGUCGCUGAACGUGCACGCCAUCGACACGCGCGGCGCCGCCGACAGGGCCGGGUGCACCGAGUGCCGGUGCGACCUCUACAACGUGACCGUCGACGAGGACGGCCGCCGCAUCGGCGCGGGGUACGCCGGCGGCACGCACUGCUGCUACGACCAGACGCGGUGCGCGGUGGAGGGAGGCUUCGGCGGCGGCGAGCCCCGGGAGCUGUUCCUGCGGUACACAGUGAUGUGGCUCGACUGGAGCGACGCCGCCGUUGUGCCGGUGAUGAUCUACAUACUCGACGUCACUGACACGGCGCUGCUCGAGGGGAAAUCCGAGCCUGAGUGCAAGCUGGAGUAUACCGUCGAGGAAUGCAGCCCAGAAAGCCGGGCGAGGAACGACUGCGUCGACGUGAAGGUGACCAAGGAAGUGCUGCCGCGUGGAGGCGACGUCGUCUACGCCGUCGGGCACCAGCACGCAGGUGGCGUCGGCACUUCCCUGCACGGCGAGGACGGCCGGCUGCUGUGCUGGUCGACGCCGACCUACGGCGAUGGUGAGGAGGCCGGGAACGAGGCGGGCUACGUCGUCGGCAUGUCGUCGUGCUACCCGGAGCCGGGCACCGUGAAGGUGCGCGACGGCGAGGCGCUGACCGUGGUGUCCAACUACACCGGCGAGCGGCGGCGCACGGGGGUGAUGGGCCACUUCUACAUCCUCGUCGCCGAAGAGCAGGAGCUGCCGGCGCCCACCAAGCAGCAGCGACCGUCGUCCUCACUGUGCUUCAGCUUCCCGGUCCCAUGGUGCGUCGUCCCGCCAUGGAUGUCGGGGUACCUGCAUCAGUGAAAGUUUCAGAAAGCCCUGGUAAGGUACUUGUACUACGUGUUCGUGUUGGUGUCAGGUCUCACUUGUGCGGCCGGUGCCGUGCUCCGUCGUUGGUUCGUUCGCCAAGGCAUGGCGGUAAAAGCACGUCGCCGGCACAAAUAAGAUUGUAAGGUCGCUACUAUGGUACUUGUUGGCUCUGUUAUGAAAUAAAACGGUGUUAGUGUUACUCAAUCGAAAUGUUACGGAAAUUAAUGUGGCGUGCA